UUAGUACAGGGUCUGUACAUGCGCUGGCACAUAGGUUGCUUGUAGUAUAUACACAAUCUCUUUGAUGCAACAAAAAAAAUCAAGGUUAACAUGAGGCUGGAUGUAAAAAAAAAAAAAAAUGUAUGUUUAGUUCAAUGUUUUGUAUCCAAACAGCUUCUGGCACAUGCAGAAUGAGUGGCACAAUAGCAGAGGGCCGUCUGCAGACACUUCAGGUCUACCGCCUCCUGCAGUGCAUCCAUCAAGCAGAUAAAGAUCACAUAGACAAGAUGCUGAAGUUUGGGGUGAAGGACCUGAUUAACCUGAUGGAGCCACGGGAUGGCGUAGGAGCGCUUCACAUGGCUGUUAGAGCGUACAGUGACGAUUUGGUCAGCUUCCUUCUUUCUCGGGGAGCACACCCCGACAUCCAAGACAAGAGAGGCCGAACCCCCGUCAUGUUGGCUGCCGAGCUGGGCAGUGUCGCCACCGUGACGCUGCUGGUACAGCAUAAAGCUGACCUGAGCCUCCAGGAUGCCGAGGGCAAAGGCGUGCUGUUCUACUGCAUGUACCCGACCAAGCGCCAUGCACGCUGCCUGCAGAUGGCGGUGGAGUGCCAGGCAGACAUCAACAAUGUCUCUGCAGAGGGGACUCAUAUCUUCCAGCUGAUGUGUGAAAAAGCUCAAGAGUUUGAGUCCAUGUGUCUCGCUAUGCUGCAGAGAGGAGCAGACCCCAAUGCAAAAAAUCAGAGAACCGGUGUCACAGCGUUAAUGGCGGCGGUUAAGGCUGGCUGUUUGCAGCUAGCUCGAGCCAUUCUCAAAAAGGGGGGAAACGUUAAUGCGCUGGACCAUCAACGCCUCAGUGCAGUGCACUAUGCUGCCAUGGGAGGCUUUUUGGAGGUGAUUCAGCUGUUGUCUGCAAACUCGGCUCAAAUGGACGUGAUCAGCUUAGAUGAAAACACGCCCCUGCACUACGCCGCUGCCACAGGCGAUGCGCUCUGCUGCAAAUUCCUGGUACAAAGAGGUUGUAACCACAAGAUGAAGAACCAGAAAGGUUUGCUGCCACACCAGAUUGCCAAAGAAGCAGGUCACAAAGUAGUAGCCAAACAGCUGAAGAAAGCACAGAAGCCACCAGAAGAAGAAACAGAAUCCAGCGAAGCCAUAUUGAUGUCAGAACCCUGGGCCCUGACACUCCACGACUGGAGCAACGAGCGCGAACGUGAUCUCUGGCAUGCCUUUGGAGAUGAAUCUGAUACAGUAUCUACAGAGGUGUUCAUUUCGGUGUUACAGGAGUUAAAAGUUCCAAUUGAAGAAGACCAGCUUCUUCAAGUUAUCUCUGCCCAUGAGGAGAACAACGAGGGGCUCGUCAACAUUAAGGACUUUAUCACAGGUGUCAAGUACAUCCAGAAACCAUUCUUGUUGUCAUCGUAUGUUCCCAAAAAGAAAAAGGCAGCGAAGACAGGCAAAAAGGGAAAGAAAGGUGGUAAAAGUACCAUUCCUAUGCCCAUUGGUACCCUACCACAAGACAUCAUGCAACGCCGGCAGGACGGCGGCCCACCCCAAUUCAUGAUUGAGUCAUGUUCCAACUUAACAGAUGUCUGCCGUCUGGACUCCAAGCAUCCUGUAAAAAAUGACACAAGAUGGUACACAGAAAAGCCACAAAAGGUCUUUGUCAAUAUUAACACCUGUGUGAAAAGUGGAGAUCUGGAGUCUCUAGGCCUCGCUUUCAGCCAGGGAGUUCCUGUAGAUGUGCAAGAUGAGUAUUACAAGACUCCACUGAUGGUCGCGUGCUCCAGUGGCAAUGACAAAGUGGUUCAGUACCUUCUCAAAAAAGGGGCGAAUGUGACCAUGUCUGACCAGUUCAGAUGGACCCCACUGCACCAUGCAGCUCAUGGUGGCCACACAGACAUCGCCAAGCUUCUGCUGGAGGCCGGUGCUGACGUCAAUGCCUGCACUCUCAACGGAGGCACACCUCUCAUGAAGGCCAUUGAGUGCUCCCGCAUUUCUUGUGUCGACUUACUCCUUAAUGCAGGCGCUGAUGUCACUUCAGUGAACAAAGCAGGGAAAAACUGCCUCGACAUUGCCCGAGAUUUUGCAGACUCUGCAGUAAUUGACCUGAUCACAUGUUUGAUGGACUCGCCAACUAAACAAAAACAGAAAAAGACGGGAUGUGUGAAGCUGCUGUCCACCAGUCAGCUAAUGUCGCAGGUAGAGAAACAGAUGGACCUCUUACCCUUCGACGUGGAGUCUGAUGACUUCAUGUCAUCUUUCAGCCAGAACAUCCAGAAGAAAUUUCUGGAGCAAGCAAAAAACACGGGUUAGACUGGAACCAGGUUAGCCACAGAGACAGACUUUAUCUUUCCUGGCUGGACAAAUGUCUCAAAACUGGACUUACUGUGGAUUUACUGUUAGCUGU